CCAGGGUGCGGCGGGGGCCACAGUCCGGGCCAACACGAGUGCAGCAGUGGGCGCAGGGGCCCAGAGCUUGGCUGGUGCAGAAGCGCUGCGAUGCUGGCGAGCGGCUGCCGGCGACUCGGGGCGCACCUGGGCUGCCUGCGCGGCGGGAUCCAGGCUCCUGUCCACCGGAGCUUGACCUCCUGCAUCGAUCCUUCCAUGGGACUUAAUGAAGAGCAGAAAGAAUUUCAGAAAGUGGCCUUUGACUUUGCUGCUCGGGAGAUGGCUCCAAAUAUGGCAGAGUGGGACCAGAAGGAGCUGUUCCCAGUGGAUGUGAUGCGGAAGGCAGCCCUGCUAGGCUUUGGGGGGGUAUACGUGCGAACAGAUGUGGGCGGAUCUGGACUGUCACGGCUCGAUACCUCUGUCAUCUUUGAAGCCUUGGCUACAGGCUGCACCAGCACCACAGCCUAUAUAAGCAUACACAACAUGUGUGCCUGGAUAAUUGAUAGCUUUGGAAAUGAGGAACAGAGGCACAAAUUUUGCCCACCGCUCUGUACCAUGGAGAAGUUUGCUUCCUACUGCCUCACUGAACCAGGAAGCGGGAGUGAUGCUGCAUCUCUUUUGACCUCGGCUAAACGACAAGGAGAUCAUUAUAUCCUCAAUGGCUCCAAGGCCUUCAUCAGUGGUGGUGGUGAGUCAGACAUCUAUGUGGUCAUGUGCCGAACGGGAGGACCAGGCCCCAAAGGCAUCUCGUGCAUAGUUGUUGAGAAGGGAACCCCUGGCCUCAGCUUCGGCAAGAAGGAGAAAAAGGUGGGGUGGAACUCCCAGCCAACUCGAGCUGUGAUCUUUGAAGACUGUGCUGUCUCUGUGGCCAACAGAAUUGGGAACGAGGGGCAGGGCUUCCUCAUUGCCAUGAAAGGACUGAACGGAGGGAGGAUCAACAUUGCUUCCUGCUCUCUGGGGGCUGCUCAUGCCUCAGUCAUCCUCACCCGAGACCACCUCAAUGUCCGGAAGCAGUUUGGGGAGCCUCUGGCCAGUAAACAGUACCUGCAGUUCAAACUGGCUGAUAUGGCAACAAGGCUGGUGGCCUCGAGACUGAUGAUCCGCAGUGCAGCAGUGGCCUUGCAGGAGGAACGGGAAGAUGCAAUGGCCCUGUGCUCCAUGGCCAAGCUCUUUGCUACAGAUGAAUGCUUUGCUGUAUGUGAUAAGCCCUCUGGCUCUCCUGAGAUGGACAGGGAACAGCUGCUAGGCCCAGAGAUCUGCAACCAGGCUUUACAGAUGCAUGGAGGCUAUGGCUACCUGAAGGAUUAUGCUGUUCAGCAGUAUGUGCGGGACUCCAGGGUCCACCAAAUUCUAGAAGGUAGCAAUGAAGUGAUGAGGAUGCUGAUCUCUCGAAGCCUGCUUCAGGAGUAGCACCCACACUUACAUUGCAUGGUGUGCAGUGUGCAACUACAGUCGGUGCUGAGGGGUUCCAUGUGGACUGUUCUGUUCUAAAUGAGUCAUGGAUUAGACUGAAGGGCUGAGCGCUUCCAGGGCAGGACCUGCGAUCUGUGUGUGGGCGGCAGAGUCCUCAGUGGAGAUGGAAGAGCUGCCCUAAUGAGAAAUGUCCCAAGAAGACACACUGCCUUGUUUUCCUAAUUCCAGAAAGGUGACAAAUGAAGAUUCAACAUCAAACCAAAGUCCUUUUUUGGAACCACAUUGUCUUGAUUUUUCUGCAUUUUGGUGGCUCACUGGAUCCCUCUUCUUCUAGAAGCCUGGGUACUUCCAUUGAAACUAUUCCUGAUUAUAGAGCAAAGGAUGUGUGGAGGGGAAAUGAAGGGAGAAUGCUCAUGUCUGUUUCUGUUCUCUGCAGCAUAGCUAAAGAUGCAGAGGGUUUCUCUGGAAUGUAAAUUAUGAUAAAAUGGAUAUUUGGGAAACUACUCCUAAGCUGUGAUUUAGGGUGUAUACUAAAUCACCCUAGUAGGGUGUAGGGAUAGUCUACUUCUGGACCAUCUGAAUAUUAAGGGCUGAGAUUAUUUGGUAUUUUGAAUAUUUGUUCUCUUUCUUUUUAGAUGCCUAUAGUCUAGGAAUGAUAUUUAGGAUUUCUAUAAUCCUUCCUGAUAAGUGGUUUCUAUCUGAGUUUUUAUUUCCUUUUUUGAAGUUGUUCCUUCCUCUUUUUAAAUAGUUUUAAUCGCUACAAUGAUAAAUAAAGUCUACCCCUUUCUGUACUGUC